AAUUGAUUUCGAGUGAUAAAAAUGAUAUGUUUGGAUUGAUCAUGUUGUAUACCGUCUCGACAGCUUUGAGUUCAUGAAGUAAAGGAUACACCACCGGUUUGUGUUAAAAGAAGUCGGUAGGUCGUCUGCUGUAGUAUGGUCAAUCUUUUAGUGAUAUUCACGAUAGUUUUAUACGAUUCGUCGACACCUGAUCUUUAACGAAAGAACAAAUAAUAAAGAAACAAUAUCAAACUUCUUGCUUUUCAGUGGAUAUUCCUCUUCGAUUGACCAACUCGACUGGAACAAGAGUACCACGUUAACCAUGAGCCAACCGUAAAACUUCGAUGAUCAAUUUUCAUACCAUUCUUUUAGAUACUUGUAGACGAGUCGUAUAUGUAUGCCGUUCUUCUAUUAAGAUUUAAGGAAUAACGUUAUUAACUGAUUGUCAAGUCCACAAUCAGUCAAAACAAAGUUUUCUGAAUGAGAAAUAAAAUUCGAUAAAGAUGGCUUGCCAUUUCGGUCUCUUGUCAUCAAAUACUUCCGGUAAAUACUUAACAUCUGACUUUGAUGGUAAAAUCAGUCUUAGUCCUCUGGACCCAUCGGUCAACAAACUAUCCAAAGGUCAGCUGUGGAGUCUCGAAGUCGACCCCAAUCCAGGUGAACAACAGAGAGAACCAGAAGGAUGCACACAUACCCACUAUGCCCUAUAUUCUACCAAUGGGUACCUAUCGGUUGAUAAGUCGGGCAAGGUAUCAGCAGAAGCAGAGCAGAUUGGAAAGGAGCAACUCUUCGAGAUCGACGUGGGAACCAGCGGUAGCGGCGCUUGGGUCAUCCGCAGCGUCGCUCAUGACACGUACAUGGGUAUCAAGAGCAAGAAGAUAUUCUUCAAGAAACGUGAAACGUCGUCUUCGGACCAACGUUGGUAUGUGCGACUUGCCAUCCACCCACACUGUUGUUUGCUGAACGUCAAAUCGGACAAGUAUGCACAUGUGCCGCAGUCAGGACGUUACAUGACGUUCGACGCUGCCGUUCCAUGGCGAUCGGACACCUUACUGCAGCUUACGUAUAGCGAGGGAUAUAGUUGUUUCAAAACUACCACGGGACGAUACGUCACCAGGGAAGGAAACUUCGUUACUUCCCUCGUUCCAGACUGUCUAUUCGUCCUCCAAAUCACUGGUGAUCAAUUCGACCUUAAAGACUAUAGAGGAAAUUUCAACUCUGUCAAUAUGAGAGGACGAUUGAUGUGUACGAGUGGGAAGGAUAGAGCUUCUUUUAAACUAAAACCCAGCUAUCCUCAUGUUACGUUCCACACAAAAGUUAAAGGAAUGUGGAUGAAACUAUUUGCUAAAGAAGGAGGUGGUGAGCUAACAACCCUUGAAUCAACAAAGAUUGAUGAACACGAAGACGAAGUGGUCUUCGAACUAUCUCCUCUUUGUUGCUCGACCAGUGCCAACUCCAAAUGGGCCCUCGUCACCGUCGAUGGCCGUUUCAUCAAUGUAGAUCAUGAGAGUCGAUUAAGUGUCGCGUCUAAAGCAACACACACUGCAAAGCAGUUUGAAUUCGAAUUCGUCAAUGACUCGUUCGCCCUUCGCCACUCCAAUUCCCAACAAUACGUAUCGAUAGAUGCUUCCGGUCAACCAUUCUUGACCGCCAACAUCAACGACAUCGCUGGCAAGAUCGGCAUGGAGCUCGCCAACCGCACCUCACUCAUUCUCCAAGGCGAAUUCGGAUUCGUCAAGCGCGAAACAGGAGGAAGAAAAAAUAAAGUCAAAUGCAAUUCGGCGGAUUACGACGAACUGAAUUUGACAUACGAACCGGAUACAAGUACAUAUCGGAUUACAGAUCAAGAUGGGAAUCCAUGGUGCAUGGACUCAUUGAAGGAACACGUCAUAGCCGCCUCCAUGGGUCAACCAACAUCUUUCAUCCUAGAGCUUCACACAAUACUUGGUAAAGCCAAGCUGGCCAUACGUCCUCUGCACCCAGACAAUGACUGUUUCCUGAAAGGCUACAAGAAUGGCGCCUUCACUGCAACCGGCGAUACAUUGUCAAAGGAAACCCUGUGGACAUUUAAUUAGAUCUUUAUGUCCGGUCUUGGAUGAUUCUGUUGUAAAACAGUUUUUUCAACUGAACCGGACUGUACUCUCCACCGUUUUUACCGAUUGUGUUAAAUAAAACAUGAAUAAAUCAUGGUCUGAUGAAGUAAAGUUAACCAUGAUACGUCCCAGGAGCCCAGACAGGGAGUUUCACAAAUGCAAUGGGGACAGAUUCAAGAACACAGUAAAUGUACUGAAAAUGCCCGUCAAGUGGCAAUUCAAAGAACAUCUGGGUCUUUGUCGAAAAUUUGUGAACCGGAACAGCAGUUUCGUCCUAAUUAGUUUCGGAGCUGACGAAUGAUGAAUAUGUCGUUUGUCCAGAGUCCAGGAUGAAACUGUUGUUUAGAUUUAUCAAUUUUGACAGACUUCUUGGCUGUGUUUGUUUUCUAUAGGACGUUUGACAUUGUAUUGACAUUCCGUCGUGCGUCGUGCACGUGAAAACUUCUUCAUUGCUGUUUCCUUGAAGUCUGGGUUAUCCAAUCCUUCAUGGAUUUAUUUUUUAAAAUCCAUAAACGGAAUAAUCACCCAUCCGCUUAACCAAUACGUUCCAUGAUUGCAGUGGCGGAUCCAAGGGAGGGGAGGGGGCACAUCCGGCCUGUGUCCCCCCUUUUGAGA